GGAUUUAGGAAAGACGAAAGGGAGGAAUCGAUACCUGCUUUAAAUUUCCCGUUAACUACUCUCAUCUGGGCACUAUCCUUCCAGGGUUUCCAGAAAAACGAUUCGCUAAUUUUUGGUCUUGGAAUCGAAAAAAUGAUGGCAGAUUGUACAUUAAGGCCGCAGAGAUACAGCACACCUCGAUUAUUUUUUUUAAAAUUGCACCCGGAGAUCAAAGAAAAUGGGAGAAUAGUAAUAAAAAUGUGCAGAGAAAACAGAAAAUGAAUCAAUAAGGAGAAAUGCAGGUCAGGGCUAGCCUUCAGAAACAUAACAAAUAUUGAUCUUGGAAUAAAAGAAGAAAUUUAAUCUUCGCAAAUCUUCGAAUUCUGCGGUGUUAGAAGAAAGGACAAAAUGGCUUCCACAGAAAACAAAAAUUCUACAGAUGUUUACAUUAUUUCCUACGAAUCUACUGAAAAAUUGCAGAAAGAAAAACCUGAGCGAUUUGACAAAGAUAUACUCAGAUAUAAAAUCAUCUUUUUCCUGCAUAAUGGAGGCCUUGCAGCAGCCUUCUUUUACAUUGCUGUGAUCGCCAAAGAACAGGUGGGACUUACUUCAUCAUCGCUGGGUGCAGUGCUCACAGUGCAAAUGUUCCUGUUCACUUUUACUAAACCUCUCAUCGGGUACAUAACCGACUAUUUCAACAGCUUGAAGAUCACCAUAUGUGUCCUAACUAUUCUUGAUCUCGCAUGCUUUUUUUCAUUGUUUGCAAUCCCAAAAAUUGAUAGAGGGGGUGUUACAAAUUCAUCAACUAUUUUCGAAGAGAAGGUAUAUAAUGCGACAAACUUAUGUGAUCAGUGCCAAGAUUUUCUACAGAUUGUUCAGAAUACCUCCGAUUUUCCUCUGGUAGAUUCUUCAGGUUUAAAUCUGAAAGACAAUCAAUUUCAUUGUCAAUCAUAUAUGCUUUGCUAUUUGAAGAAUGAAACUUAUUUUGAUAGUUCAAAUAUAUUUUCAAUAGUCAAUAAUUCUGAAGGCAGUGUUUCGUACCUUAAUAAAGCUAAUACCAAUAAGCAAAACUGUGUAUUAUUUUGUGAACGAAAUGAUACAUUUAGUGCCAACUUUCAUUCAAAUCGAAACAUAUCAUGCCAAAAUUUCACCAAUUGCAUAGAACUAAAUUAUUUACAGAAUCUGAAACCUAAUAAAAGAAAUCAAAUGUUGAAAAAUGUGUCUUUUAUUAGUUGUCCUGAAAUGUUAAAAAAUCUUCAAAAGACCCCUGCUUUGCGCAAAAUAGAGGAAACUUCAGAAAACAGACUAACAGAUUCUACGACGAAGUACAUCAAUGAUUUUUAUACGUACCAAUUUUGGAUGUUUGCGAUUCUUUUUACAAUUUCAAAUAUAUGUGAAAAUGCCAAUUUCACUUUAGUAGACACUGCUUGUUGUGAAAAUAUUGAAAAGUCCAAAGCUGAUUUCGGCAAGCUACGCUUAUGGGGGAACGUUGGAUGGGGCUUGUUCUCUCCUAUUGGAGGUCUAUUAAAUGAUUAUACAGGGGGAUUUUUUGCAUCGACGGUAGUGAUGGCAGCACUUCUUCUGUCGUUUAUGUAUAACAUUAUUCAGCUAGAUCUUGUAAAACCUAACUAUUCCAGUAAUAUCUGCCGUGAUGUUGGAACCGUCUUCAGGUCAAAAGAGUUCUUGUCUGUUGAACUGAUAAAUUUAAUGAAUGGUAUAGGGAGUGGUAUUGUUUGGUUUUAUUUAUCAUGGUUCUUAACCGGUUUAGGUGGUAGCAAGCUUCAGUAUGGACUGAGCGUGGCGGUGCAGAGCUUUGGUGGAGUGAUUCCUUUUAUGUUCUUUUCUGGUUGGAUCAUUCGAAAAAUUGGUCAUUACCGAAUCGUAAGCUUUACGUUGUUGAUCAAUGGACUCCGCUUUCUUUUCUACAGUGAACUUUAUGAACCUUGGUGGAUACUUCCUAUUGAACUUAGUCAUGGAAUUACAUACGGACUUUAUUACGCAACCUUAGCUACUUAUGGGAAAUUAAAAGCCAAGCCUGGGACUGAAGCAACAACUCAGUCCAUCCUGUUCACUACGCACGAAGGAUUAGGUGCAGGAAUCGGCUGCGGAUUUGCUGGAAUUGGCUUCGAUUAUUUCGGAGCUCACCAGACAUUCUUUUUUCUCAGUGCAUAUUUUGGUUUCGAUUUUCUCUUGAGUUUGCUUAUGUAUUUUUUAUUUGUUCGCAAGCAAAAAAAGUGCAUCACUAUUAACUCAAAACUUUAAAUGGAACAGAAUGGAAUAAAAAAUACAUCAAUUUCACUGACAUUUACUGUGGUAUGUAAAUUCCAGCCACUAUUAAUAUUUUUAAUUAUGGGCUGAGUGCAAAAUAUUAAUUUUGGCCUGAAAUCAUGUUUGUUAAAUUAUAAAUACUAUUUUAGAACUCAUUUAUUUUAGACAAAACCUCUAAUUUAAUAACUAAAUUUUUAGUAUUCCAUACAUUUAACAUUUGGCGUUUUGGUUAUUUUAAAGAAAUCGAACCAUUUAUUGAAAAAUGCUAAUCUUAUUUUCCCUGCCGUUUUUUAAAACGCAUCCACAAUAAUAUUCGUUUCCAGUAUAAUGCUUUUUAUUAUUAUGUUAGAAAGUUUUUCUUUUUCUUUCACAGAUAGGAUUAUAAAUGCCAGAAUAUAUUCACCUGUUCUUUUAUUUAUUUUUUCCCCUUAUCGACGAAUUAGUAUAUACGAGAUUUCGUCGCCAACGUUGGCAACCCGAACAAUCAAGCAAAAUAAUUCUACCAGCAACCCUUCGACUAAUUCUUCUUUUAUUUGUAGUUUAUUUAUUUAGUAGGCGAUUUUUAAGAAACUUAAAAAGUAUUUAACAAAAACUUAUGCAAAAAAUAAUUCAAUGAGAUUUUCAAAAAAAGCAUCCAUUGUAUUGCAGUCAAGUAUACAAUUGCAAAAGAUUUCAAGUUAGCUAUUUUCAACAGAAAAGUGAAAUUUGGAUAAAACUUUAACUAAUCAUUAACAAUGAUUUUUCAAUACUUGCUGUAGCAGUCAUCUUGCUUUGGCAAGUAAGCACCGUUUUAAGAGGUGUUCCAACUCGCAUAUUUUAACAUCCUUUUCUUUUAGAUGUUUCAAAUAAUCUCAUUGGAAAUUUUAUAAAAAUGGUAUACUUGCUUAUUAGGAAUAUUGGAUAUAAAGAAGUUAAAGCAGUAUGUCCAGUAGUACAUCUAUUUUUUUCCCAUCUUGCAUUCAACUUUUUAAAAAAUGACAUCUAUUCUAUAAAGCAAAUGUAAAAAUCCAUAAAUAGUUUCCUUUCUAUAAAAAAUUAAACUAUUUAAUAAAUUUUCUUUAAAUUUAAAUUCCAUAAAACACAAGGAAAAAUUUUGUGGUAAAGUUUACUUUACUAAUUAAAAGCAUGUUUCCAUACAUAGAAAAGAUAAUUUAAUAAUUAAUUUUUGCCAUUCCAUUAACGGAAAACUUUAUAUAUUUAUUAUACAAAGUUGAAGCUUUUGCUACAAGCAAAAACUUGGCUGAAAAUAUAGAUAUUUCAAACCAUUUUGUUGAUUUGCAUCCAAAUUGCCAUUCGCAAAAUUUAAAUAAAUUUUGUACUAUUCUUUGAAAUUAUGUAUAACUUAUAAGAAAAUAAUUUUAGUCAGUUUAAAAAUUGUUUUAAUGCAAUUGAUAUUCCCAUUUUAAUUAAAGUUGCAGGCGAUAAGAGAAUUUUAAGUAUUAUAAUAUUUCAUUAUUUUUUCUUUUUCACAUUAUUAAAUAUAUUUAAAUGUGUUGUUUUCUCGCACAUUUUUAUUCCUUCGAAUGUUAACAUAAACGUAUUUUUUCUCUCACGCAUAUGAUGUUUAAAGAGCUUAAUUCAGCAAAAAUUGAAUGAUGCUUGAAAACUCUAACUUUCUAAAGUACUACAAUCUAACUGCCGUUGUAUUGUAGUACUUUAAUUUUAUUCACAAAUGAAGCAUGAAUUGUAUGGAGUAUUUUCUAAAAGCUUCUAUGACAGUUAGAGAAAUUCAUCAGAAUAUUAAACUAAAUUAUAGAAAUAAAUCGUAUCAGAUUGAAGAAGCUGAUGAUCACGUGUGAUCAUUAUGAAAGGGAAUAAUCAUAUGUGAAUUAUGUGUAAAAAAAACUUAAGGAAUAAAUAUUGUUAUUCCGCCUUUAGUUGUUUUAGCUGUUAAAGAGAUUAAAAGAAUGAUGAUGUUGAAUGUUGACUAUGAAUAUUAAAAAAAUUAUGAUAUUAUGUUGUUUCACUAAUCUGCAGAUAAAUUAUUCCUUUGUUCUUUGUUUGUCGAAGUGCUAAAGAGCAGAACUCCAAAUUCAG